UAUAAUGUAUAAUAAUACAGUGUUAGUUACAACCGGCCCUUUGAGGGCAACAUAAUGCUAAUGUGGCCCCCGAGGACACCCCUGUCUUAGAGGGUCUCUAAAGGACCGUUAGUAGACCUGGAUCAUGGAUCCUCUUAGAGGGUCUCUAAAGGACCGUUAGUAGACCUGGAUCAUGGAUCCUCUUAGAGGGUCUCUAAAGGACCGUUAGUAGACCUGGAUCAUGGAUCCUCCUAAAGGGUCUCUAAAGGACCGUUAGUAGACCUGGAUCCUCCUAAAGGGUCUCUAAAGGACCGUUAGUAGACUUGGAUCAUGGAUCCUCUCCUGGUGGCACUUAGAAGCCCUCAGCUGUUGCCGGUUGGAGAUGAGCCUGUGGUCUUCUGUCAGGACCCCCUUUGAAUACAAUCCUCAGAGGUCAGAGGUUCACAGCUGCUACUUUUAACAUUGCUGCCGAUAACUCGCAGUUUGAUCCUCCAUUAAGCUGGAUUCUAUGACACACCUGCAGACAGGAAGCCACACAGGUGUGUCUCCUGUCAUGUGACCAUCCCUCACCUUCCUCUUCUUCUUCGAUCCGAUCACCUGGUUGAUGAAGAGCUUGUUGUGUGAAGAUGAAGCUUAGUAGAGUCAAGCUGUCUCUCUGCCAGACAGACAGACAGAUACAUGGCUGAGGUCAGGGGUCACCUGACUGAGUCAUUCAGAGGCCACGCCAACAGGUAUGAGACAACCAAUCACUGAAGAGAAGCGUGUCAUUUAAAAACCCAAAUCCCCAGAUCCACUGAGGAGCUUCUCCCAGAGCUUUCAACACAUCUCACAGCCUUCAUCAGCGAGUCAGCGUCAUGCAACCAAUGCUGUUCAACUCCUCGGUCAUGUGACACCACGCUACCAAGCCGAUGAAGGCUCUGAGAUGUGGUGGAAAGAAAGACAGAAGUGACUGCAGCUGUAAUGUCACCAACAGCCGCUGUGACGAGUCUGGAGUCUGCAGGUGUGACCCCGGGUGGGACGGCGAGCGGUGCGAACGCUGCGUGCCAACGCCUGGCUGCCGCCACGGUUCCUGUCAGCAGCCGUGGCAGUGCCGCUGCGAGGCCGGCUGGGGGGGGCGCUUCUGUGACAAAGACCUGUCACUGUGCUCGGCAAGGCCGCCAUGUCAGAACGGGGCGACCUGCGUGAUGGAGGACAGCGCCGGAUACACCUGUCUGUGUCCCAGAGGCUUCUACGGCCGGGACUGCCAGCUGAAGACCGGACCCUGUACCCAGAGGAGGUCUCCAUGUAAAAAUGGCGGUCUCUGUGAGGACGCUGACGGCUUUGCGGUGGAUCUGGCGUGCCGCUGCCUGGCCGGCUUCACAGGUCGGCGCUGUGAGACGGACGUGGACGACUGCCUGAUGAGACCGUGUGCCAACGGCGCCACCUGCCUGGAUGGCGUGAACCGCUUCUCGUGCCUCUGCCCCGCCGGCUUCACCGGGCGCUUCUGCACCGUCAACCUGGACGACUGUGCCAGCCGGCCCUGCCUCAAUGCCGGCCGUUGCCUGGACCGCGCCAGUGGCUUCCACUGCAUCUGCCGGCCCGGUUACGCCGGGGCCACCUGCGAGACGGAGGCGAGGAGCCGCAAGCCUGGCCAGACGACGAUGCUAGGGUGGGAGGGUGGUGGAGGAGCAGGCGGGGCUAGACCUCACGCGACCAUGAAUGAGAGGAGCGGCACCGGCGGGAACGGCAGCCGUGUUGACGGCGGGUCUUUUAAGGUGACGGUGAGCGAACGCCGCACCGCCGGCCUGUCGGAGGUCCACCUCGUCGUCCUGGUGGUUCUGGCGGGCGCAACGCUGGCCGUGGUGGCUCUGACCGCCGCCCUCGUGCUGCAAGGCUACUGCAUAGCCUGUGGCCACGCCCCCUGCUGGCCACUGACAUCAUCAUCAUCACAACAUGGUGGCCGGCAGGCGCCGCAGGACGAUCUAGGGGGUCAGAUCGGCUUCCUGUACGGAGCGGAACCAGAGAAGAAGAAGCUGAAUACUGAGGUCAUUUAGACGGAGUGAACGUCCGAGCACAGAGCGAACAGAUAGAGAGAGGAGGACAUGCUCUCUGCAGGUUCUGAGGUCGGAGGUCACAGGACCCUCAGGUCUGAACUGGGAUCCAUUCUCCGAGUCUAGUCCUGGUGUUAAUAAGCCGUGACGUGUGACUCGUGAUGUCAUUACCCACAAUUCACCUCUGGCUUAUACAGGUGCAGAGAUGGGCCGCGGUCACAAAGGUCUCACCUUUUAGUCUUCAAGACGCUGACUCGAGUGACAUCACUCGAGGACAUGGAUCGUUGAUGAAAGACGUUGGGAUUCGGGUCAUGAACUCAAUUCACAUGAUGAAAUGUACAAGACAUUUGUUAUAUCAAAUUAAUUGUAUCAAUGUUAACUGUAUUUUAAACUUUACACAAAAGAAAUUAAUUAUGAAAUCACAUUUUUAAUGUGAUUUCACAGCUGAGCUUGAAGAUGAAACAUGUUAGUCAGUUAGCUGGGAGGCAGUAUGCUAGCGGUUUCCAACCAUUUACAGUCUUUAUGCUAAGCUAAGCUAACUCUCUAAAUAUAAAUAUAAAAUAUCGUACUUUUUACUGUACUA